ACCAUAUAAAGCGCAGAAUCAUCGCGGCUUUGUUACCAGUGCUCUUGGCUUUCUGGUGGCAUCGAUCGUUACUUGAUUUCCUGAAUAAUCUGAACCCAACGUUCGAACACACCAUGACAUCGCCCCCGCAACUCAAAUACGUGACAGUUGAACCCUCCGCGGUGCACACGGCAUCGUUCAUUCUGGUUCAUGGCUUGGGUGACUCAGGCAAUGGCCUGAAGCCUGUGGCGGAGAGUAUUUCACGCAACUCGGCCUUGUCCCAUAUCAAGUGGAUUCUUCCUAACGCGCCGGUGCGUCGGGUGACUGUCAACCGAGGGGCUUUAAUGCCUGCAUGGUUCGAUAUAUUCCAAUUUGGAUCGACGACACAGGAAGACGAACAGGGAAUGCAAGAGACCGCGCAAUCACUGAACGAGCUCAUCUCCGCUGAAGUGGCAAAUGGCGUGGAUCCCAGUCGGAUCGUCCUCGGGGGCUUCUCGCAGGGGGGUGUGAUGACGCUGCUGGCGGGGCUCAGUAAUGAGAGAAAGCUGGGCGGGCUCGUUGUGCUCAGCGGUCGGGUGCCGCUGAUGGGCAAGUUCAAAGACUUGGUUUCGUCUCAUGCGACGGAGGUCCCGAUCUUUUGGGGCCAUGGAACGGAGGACCCAGUGGUCCGCUUCGAUCUAGCGCGGAACGGCGUGCAAUUGUUGCAAGAGCUGGGUGUCAAAUCCGCGUCCCCCGGCGACGGUGGCAACGGCGGUUUGUCGUUCCACGCCUACGAAGGCCUCGGGCAUUCACUGAGUGCCCAAGAGAUCGAAGACCUGAGUAACUGGCUUCAGAGAGUUGUCCCGGCGAAAUGAUGUCCCGAAUGGGGAAAUUGCAUGUAUCAGUGCGCUCACGAUGGAGUUUUCGGGAGUGCCCAUUAUAUCCAACGAAUUUGUUUCAUAUGGAAG